AAGAAAGGACAGAAUGAGACUGGAGGGGCAGAUGGGGGGAAAGGACCCAUCUAAAAAAGAGAGGGACAGAGAGGGGAGAUAGGGUGGAACAGAACCAGAAAAACCGAGAGAGGCAGAGAGAGAAAGGGGAGGGAGCAAACGGGGGGUUACCUCAUCUAGAGCAGCUAGUGCACACGGAGCAGGGGAGAACUUGUGGCAAAGUAAACAGCACAGGAGAAUUCCAAUCUGUGUUCAGCCACUUGCAGCCCUCGCAGGAGACCAUAAAGAUGAGUGUGCUGGACCCGGCAGUGUGGUAAAAACUGGGAGUUUAUGGGAGGUUACCAGGAUUAAAGGGUGACCAGGGAGUGCCUGAAGCUUCUCGGAGGACAUACUACUGAGGACAAGGAGGUGAGAGGUGUAUCAUGUCUAAUGUGAUGUCUCAGCAACCACCAAAGGAGGAUGAAGAGGAGGAGGAUGAGGAGCAAGGGGAAGAAUUUGUCUUUGAAGACAGCGCAGAUGAGGAGAAACUUCAGGAGGACAGUAAGGGUGUCGGCCCAGACUCUGCAAGACCUGUCCAGUUGUCGAAAAAAGAAGGCAGUGUGACAUCAGACGGUGUAUCACAAACAGUCACAGACAGCACACAACAACUUCCUGGAUCUUUGCCUCCCGCUGGAAAAGAGGAAAUUCCUACCAAGGAUGUAACUUCCACUGCAGAUGUUCCAGUUAGUGAGUCACCCAGCUGGGCCUCAGCAGCAGCCGAGCCCAGUACCUCAGCUCCGUGUGUGGGAGAGGAGCUUCCGAGGCUUCCUGUGGCGCCAUCAGCUGUGGAGGCUCGGGCUGAUUCAGGAGACUACGGCAAGGAAACCAUCAAGGAAAGCUCCGGCUCGAGGGACAUCUCUGAAGCUGAGCCACAGACGGCGGAGGCUUUAGAGGUGAUCUAUGAUGACGUUCCAAGUGAAGACCCCCUCUCUCCCGAUGAAGAUAUGAUCUAUGAAGAUGUUCAGAGAGACAGUGGUCCUCAGGAUGCAGACAACGGGUGGAGCUCCAGUGAGUUUGAGAGCUAUGACGAGCACUCUGAUAACGAGAGCAAACUACCGACACGGAGCAAGCUCUCUCCUGAAGUGCGUCGGCUGAGGGAACGAUGUGCCAGGACCAAACGUGAAUUGGCCAUGAGGCUGGCUGGCAAGCACAACUAUGACAUCAAGGUUCAGCAGCUCAUGAAGGCGGCGAGGAGCGGAACGAAGGAUGGGCUUGAAAAGACCAAAAUAGCCGUCAUGCGGAAAGUUUCCUUCCUUCACAGAAAAGAUCCACUGGAAGAGGAGGAUGAUGCAGGAUACCUGGAUGUGGCUGUAUCAGAAGUGAAGCAUCCUCCCCCACAGCUGAGCCCCAUGCCAGAAGGGCUGACCAGCCACCAGGUUGUCAGACGCCAUAUCCUCGGCUCCAUCAUUCAGAGCGAGCGCAGCUACCUGGAGUCUCUCAGGAGAAUCCUGCAGGAAUACCACAGACCAUUGAUGGAAGCUGAUCCUCGCAUCUUGAGUCCACGGAAGAUCCGGCCUAUAUUUUACCGAAUCAGGGAGAUUACGCAGUGCCACUCCAUGUUUCAAAUUGCACUGGCAUCACGUGUGGCUGAGUGGGACACCAGUGAGAAAAUCGGAGACUUAUUUGUUGCUUCGUUUUCCAAGUCCAUGGUGCUGGAUGUAUACAGUGAUUACGUGAACAACUUCACCAACGCCAUGGCUCUCAUUAAAAAGGCGUGCAUGUCUAAACCAGCUUUUCUGGAAUUCUUAAAGAAGAAGCAGGCGUCCAGUGUUGACCGGAUCACCCUGUACGGCCUGAUGGUUAAGCCCAUUCAACGAUUCCCUCAGUUCAUAUUGCUCCUGCAGGACAUGCUUAAGAAUACACCAAAGGGCCACGUGGAUCGUCUGCCUCUGCAGCUUGCUCUGACAGAGCUGGAGAUGCUGGCAGAGAAGCUGAAUGAACAGAAACGAGUAGCUGACCAGAUUGCAGAGACUCAACAACUAGCCCGCAGCGUCAGUGAUCGCCUGCUCAGUAAGCAACUGAACUCGGAGCAGGGGUCACUGGUCCUUUGUGAGACGCUUAUAGAGACUGUGUAUGGCGAACGGGGACAAGUCCUGAAGUCGAAGGAGAGAAAGGUCUUCCUCUUUGAUGAUGUACUCGUCUGUGCCAACAUAAAUGUCAAGGGACCUCCGGAUAUCAGCAGCCUGGUCCCUGUCGGCCCCAAGUACACAAUGAAGUGGAGCGCCCCCUUGCAGCAGGUGCAAGUAGUAGAGGUGGGGCAGGAGGGCUCUCAAAGCAAAGACACCAUCUUCCAACAGAGCGGGGCCAAGCGGCAGACUGGUGCCGCUGCUUCAGGUAAAGCAAUCCUGGGUCCUCCACGUCUCUACCAGGAGCUGCAGGAACUUCAACAUGACCUUUCUGUCGUGGAGGAGGUCACUCUCCUUGUGGGCACACUGCAGGGAACGUACCAGAAUCUGAACACCACCGUUGCCCAGGACUGGUGUCUAGCUCUGCAGAGGCUUAUUCGGAUCAAAGAAGAACAGAUCCAGAGUGCUAACAAAUGUCGCUUACGCCUGCAGGUGCCCGGCAGGCCAGACAAGUCAGGACGUCCUGUUAGUUUCAUGGUGGUCUUCAACACUCCCAACCCCCUUAGUAAGAUCUCCUGGGUCAACCGUCUGCACUUGGCCAAGAUUGCGCAACGAGAGGAGAAUUCACCAGGCUGGUUAUGUGGAGAGGAUGAAGGGAAGACCAUGGCCCCAUUUUGGUAUCCGCUGCUUGCCUCUCACAUGCCUGUCUUCGCUACAAAGUCACCAGAGAGAAAGCUUGAAGCAGCCCUCCACAAUCCUGUUCACUGUGCAUUGUUGGGCUUCUCUGCAGCGAGCACCUCUUUACCUCAAGGCUACCUCUGGGUGGCUGGUGGAGGAGAAGGCUGUCAGGGGCAGAUAGAGAUAUUUUCCCUCAACAGGCCCAUGCCAAGGGCUGUAAAGAGCUUGCAAACAGGCUCUGCUGUCCGAUGUCUGGAAUAUGUGCCAGAACCUUCUCCGACUGAGGAUGUGGAGACUGGAAUUCACAAGGCCCCCUCAGGGAUGGGAGCCAACAUAUGUGUUGGAUUAGACGAUGGACGCAUACUGGUCUACGGCAGUGUUGACACUGCAGCACAAUGCCUAUUGACCCUCCAUAACCCAGAGGGCUGCCCCGUGCUGUGCCUGAAGCACUCCUCUCGCUUCCUGUUUGCUGGCCUGCGGAACGGGAACAUGAUCGUUUAUGGAAGAAAUAACAGUGAUGAUCUUUGGGACCCUGACUCCCGCAGAUGUGUGAACCUGGGCUCAGAACCAGUGCGGAUGUUGUUGGUGCUGGAUGACUCAGUGUGGGCAAGCUGCGGGAAUUCUGUCACAGUCAUGGACAUCUCCAGCCUCACUACUCAGAAAUUUGAAGUUCAUCCAGACCCGAUGGUCAGCGUCGCACACAUGGCGCGUGCCGGCGGAGGGGUGUGGAUGGCGUUUUCCGAGGGUUCCUCCAUUCGUCUCUUUCAUACCGAAACACUGGAGCUUCUGCAGGAAAUCAACAUCUCGACACGGUCAACACUGCUCAACACAGGUCAAAAGAGCAUGCGAGUCACAAGUCUCCUAAUUUGCCAGGGGCUGCUAUGGGUUGGUACUGCCCAAGGCUUAAUUAUCACUCUUCCAGUCCCCAAACUGGAGGGCAUCCCCAAAAUAACAGGAAAAGGAAUGGUCUCUCUAAAUGCCCACUGUGGAUCUGUGGACUUCCUGGUAGCCACCACCAGCACCCUCUCUCCUGAACUCCUGAAGAGGGAUUCCAUCGGGGACGGCCCAGACUCUGCCUGUGGAGGCGAGGACCGCAGCGACACCUCCUCUCAGGAAUCCCUGCAACAGUCCAGCUCCUACCACGGAGACGGGAGAGGCAAAGGACGCGGCGUUCUGCUACAGUACAAGCUGCGCUCCACAUCAGGGCUGCCCGGACGGCCUUUAACGGCGCUGGGCGACGAGGCGUCAGACUCCUCCCUGGAGUCUUUGGAACACAGUGUGGAAGAUGGAUCUAUAUAUGAGCUCAGUGAUGACCCAGAAAUGUGGGUUCGGGGGCGUCCUUGUGAGAGGGACGGGGGUCGCAGAGACAGGGUGAUUUCUGCAGCUGUUAUCUCUGGAGGCAAAGGCUUCCGUAGACUGAAGGAAGGAGCACCAGCAGGUACUAGGACAAGUGGGGAGGGUUUAGAGAAUAUUCUUAUGGUAUGGCAGCUCCCACUGACAGUGUAAUAUGGAAAAUAUAUGGUAAGGUGAUGCGUAUUUAUAGAAGUCUACCCAGCUUAGCCUUGAAUCACUUGUUCCAUAAAUUCAAGGGAUUUAAAUAUGUGAUGAAGAAGGUGUUGCCACUAUUACAGAACUUGACAUCUUAUGAUAGCAUGUGGAAUAAGGAAGCUACAUGCUGUUCACAAGAGGUACCGUCAUCCCAUAGAACACUUUGAAUGUUGUGCGUCAUCAUCUUCCCAGCAGUGGCAGAGGCCGCCACAGAUUAGUUCCUUGUGGUUGUUUUGAUGUGGUUCCUCUUCCUGCCUUAGUUAAGAUUAAUAUGCCUCAAUUCAACCUCAUCAUUGCUGUGUGCACUCUGCCACAUUUAUUUUAUGCGAAGGACUUCUGUGUGAGCACCCAUGGACAGCAUGCCUUUGAGAGGGAGCCUUUGUUGAAUCCGCCAUGCUCUGCAGAGUUAGAGAUGGACAUCUUUUAUCUGAUCCUGUGGGAGAGAUCCCAUCUGUUUAGAACUGAAAGCUGGGGACUACCACCGCAUCACAAAGCACAUUAACAUCACUUUAUUAGCUUUGCCAGCCAUUCUCUCAUCCCAUACAAUGUGAAUGUAAGAUACCUUCUAUUGUGUCUCAAAAUUGAAUCUGGGCUCUCUUAAAAAAAAAAAAGAAAGAACUUCAUUUUUCCUGUUUUGCCACAGCUGUUGCAAAAAUGAUUUUUGGUUACGAAAAAAUGACUCGCUUCCAAGAGCUUAACAUGGAUUUGUUGAAGAGGGUCAUGUUAGUACAGACUGACCGUAAAAUCUUCCAAACAAACUAUUUUGAAGAUUUUUGCUGUUUGCAAAAUAAAAUGUUGGGGGAGAGAAAGUCAUUGCUUUAUAUUACAGCAUCUAUAUUUGCACUGCAGAAAUCCUGUAAUUAUUAUAGUUUAAUUUGAGGAAAAGAAACUUCUUGGUAUCACAUUUUAAAGGUUUUAUCAUGUCCAAAUACUGUAAAAUGCCAGGUAUCUGUCAUUAUUCACCAUUAUCUAUCAGCCAGAUAAGACAAAUGUGUGCACAGCCUUGUUAAUAUACAACUCACAUUAGUUGGAAGCUCCAGUUAAACGCUAAACUCUGUAAAUGGAUGAUGAAAUAAGUGCUGCAGCCAUCCAAACUGCUGUUGGCUUUGUAUCAACAGAGGGAACCUACCUAAAAGAAAUAAGCAUGUUUACAUGCAAAUUCAUUUUUAAUAAUAUGUAAGAUGAUUCUAAUUAAGACAAGCCCACAAUACAGUUAACAUACUGCACAUUGAUGUAUAUUAUCUGUGACAUUAGUGAAGCCACUAAGUCAUUUAAACCUUUCCCAUCAACAUUUGUUUUCCCUCUGUUUUCACGGUAGUAUGUGGUAUAAAUAUUUGGAGUUUAAUGCAAACAUUAAUAUUUUAUGAUGAGGAUAUGAGGAUUCAAAUAAACAAGUUGUCAUCACUGUCGGAGGAGAACCUCACAUCUCCAUUUUUGUUGGUAAUCAUGUAGAUGUAGGCCAUCCAACUAUGAACAUGGCUUUAAGGAUUUUCAAUAAACCGAGCAGUUGUCAAGGUUAUUAUACAUCAUUGUCCUCCACCUCUGUCUCUACUUAGCCUUUCUACCACACAUGGAUUCCUCGUCUUAUCCUUUCAUCACAGAUGAAGCAUAAAGUUCAUGUUUCAUAUUUCCCUGAGGCACAUUGAGGUUUAUUUACCCUUUUCUUCUCCUCCUCACUACUUUGAUUCAAAGCAUUUAAACGUCCUGCUGUCUGCCAGAGUCAUUCAAAAAAAAAUAAAAAAAUAAAUAAGAUGAUGUAAACUAUCCCUGGAUGCUAUCAUCUAAAUGUAAAUCUCAGUGUCAGGUCAUAAAUGUAUACUUUAAUUCAUGUGAGAUUUAAUGCUGCUGGAGCAACAACAUCCUCAUGGUCACUAUAGAUGUUGUUCAGCCUGAACCAGAGGAUGAGCUUGUAUUCCUGCUUGAGUAGCCUAAUGAAAUAUACAUGAUUCCUUUUACAGAAGCCACCACAGAAUUUACAUUGUUGAACUGUUUCCCAACCAACAGCUGAGAUUUAAUCUCAAAAGUAUGUUGACCUUUGAUGGACACUGACUCAUACAUUUCAUUUGCUUACACUACACGUGUACUAAGUAUUAUCCGUGCGCAGAAUAUUAAUACUCAUGACUGGUCGUACUGUACUACUAAUUAGAACUGUUACUGUACUACUGUAAUUAAACCAAUAUCCCCUUUUGUAAAGAGGACUCUGUAACUGUUGAUGUGUUAGAUGAGAGUAAAACAGUUUUAUGCAAUUUAUUUUCCUGUGAUGUUAAAGGAUAAUGUCAGUUUAUUACAAAUUGGAUUUUUCUUUUUUGCAGGUUCAGUCAUUGUUUCUAUUUGUUAUGAUAACAUAUACUCACAAAGUUAAUGGCUGAGAUGUGGGAAAGAAGCACAAUCACUAAGACGGACGAGCAGUCAGAUCAUCAUACAGGUUUUAAAUGCACUCUCAGAUUAGCCAGACUUAUUUGGAAGAAACAAGCAAACAGUAAAUUAUUACCCAAACUGUGUUGUAAACAUCCAUCAGUAUUAACAGACCGACUUCCAUGCUCAACGCUAUUGUGCUUGCUGUUUUACCACCACAUAAAAUGAUUGAUAAUCUAGCUAAACAGUUGGCUUGUUUACACUUGACUAGUUUGUCUGAUGACUCAUGUUUCAUUGUGAGACUUCAUUGUAGUGAUUUCACUGUGUUCCCAGAUCUCAGCAAUUUGAAGGAACAGUUUUGACAAAAUUUAGACAUUUUGAGAAAUUUGCUCAUUUGUUUUAUAUAUAAAGAUUGAAACCGCUCUUCAUCAAGGUGAGGAAGGCAAAAUAGCCAUUUACAUGUAGUAGAGAAUAGUUGUGUGAUGUGUUUUAAUUAUGAUGGACUUGCAUUGACGCUCACACAGGUCAGCACCUCGCUGUAUGUGCGCUCUCAAAGUAAGAAGCCAGGGGCUCAGCUAGCACAAAGACUGGAAAUGGGGGAAAAAACUUUCCUACCACGUUAUAUCUUGUCUGUUUAAUCUGUACUAAUAGAAAAGUGUAAAAACAUCAAGUUUUGGUUUCAUGGAGGUUUGUGUCCUUGACUAUUUCUUGGCUGGAAGCAAUUUCCAGGAAACCAGCAGAGCUCUGAGGAAACAAACCUAGCCAAACUGUCCAAGAAACAGUCUGGCUCCCCUUUUAAAGCCACAACUUGUUGUUUUUACUGUUUGUUUUUUUUUGUUUGGGUUAAACUAUAAACUAUGUAUAACAUGUUAAUUAUUG